AUGCAAGGUGACACACUUCUCUACAAAACCUUCCUCCACCACGAACUACCAAUCCUAGUUGUAUACGAGAAGGAGAUUGAGACCUACUUCAACAACUUCAGUGACUCGAUCCAGCAGUUUAAGUUACAGAGGUGUCCUAAACUUGGUGGAGAUCCGGACGAUGAGGACGACGAGAAGGACCCUGAUAUCGGCAUGUACAAGGGCUCAUUCAGGAUAUACGAGCUACAUCCAGACACCAGCAGAAACAGAGAGCUGAUAUACGGCACUGUUCCCACAGUGGGCCCGAUCAGGAUCAAUGUCAGAGUUUACCUCCUCCAGGGUCUCAGGUUGGCCUGCAGGAGCAGGAUCAAGGAGAACACGUGCGACCCCUUCCUAGCUGUAAAACUGGGCUCCAGGGAGAUAUACGAUGUUGACGGCAGCAUUAAGAAGAACUGCCGGGAUCCGAUGUUUGCUACUUUUUACAACUUGACCACUAUAAUUCCUAACAUGCCGCAGUUAGUGGUGCAGUGUUGGGAUUGGAAAGCGACGGAGGAGGGAAGGGAUAUUCUGAUCGGGGAGACCAGGAUUGACUUGGAGAACAGGUACCUGAGCGUGAAGAGGCCAAUGUGUGGACUAACGGAGAGGUACAUGAUAGACGGCCCCCACAGCUGGAGAGACUUCAUGUCACCAGUACAGAUUCUGGAGGAGUGGUGUCUGGCUAAUGGCAUACCUGUACCUACUUAUUCUAGUGACGGCAAGAGAGCCGGGGUUAAUGGGGAGAUGUUUUCCUCUGAGGAGUUUGAGAAACACGAAGUUAACUACGAGGAUUCUGCUGUUUGGGGAGAGUACAAGGAGAGGACAGCCCUGUACAUCCUGUUAGAGUUCGGGCUGAUCAGGGACUAUGUUGAAAAGAGACAACUAACUGAUCCUGUUAUGCCUGGUGUACCUCAGGGUCGGAUCCUUAUGUGGGUGGAUAUAUUCCCGUUUUCUGAGAAGCCACCAGAGCCCAUGAGAGUGGACCCUCCACUUCCCGUAGACCAGGAGCUGAGAGUGAUAGUAUUCGAGGUUACUAACGUGGAGACGAUACAGGAAAUAGAUCCGGGUCCGGGAAUGAAGAAGCUGAACGAUCUGCUCGUGCAGGGUCACUUUAGUGGAGAUACUGAGAGUCAGGUAUCAGAGAUACACACCCGGGCAGUUAACGGUAACGGAGUACUUCACUGGAGGUUCAAGUUCAACUUCCAAUACGCCUAUCUCAAAAGGAAAGUGAUGAUCCCCGGUGACAUAGAGGACACAUAUCUGGACCCUAUCGUCACUCUUAAAGUGAUGGAUGGAGAUCCAGGGGUCAGUAAGGAACCUUACGGUUACGUUCACCUGAAUUUGUCCUAUAUGCCACGUGGUAUGGCACGGGAGGAUUGGGCUAUAAUGGACAUUAUUCCUGAGUAUGAGGAUCCUCCUAAAGGCAAGGAUGAAGUGUAUGAUCCUGAUGAUUACAAGUUUGUGGGACCUCCGAAGAUAACCUUCCUCAACCUUUACAAAGCCAAGAAAACCCUGGGAUGGUGGCCGCUUUACAAAAAACAAGGUGACUACUUGGUUAAAACCGGGAACAUUAGGAUGGAGCUGGAGGUCAUGAACAGAGAGCAGUCGGAGAAGAGACCUGCUGGAUUUGGGAGAAAUGAACCAAACGCAAACCCUGUUAUUCCUGAGCCUAUGUGA